UUUUUUUUUUCUGCGAAUACGCAACAAUUUUGAAUUUUCUGCGGGCAACUUGUGAAAACUUUUGAGCUGGGAUACAACGCCGGUUUACUUGCUUAUGCGCGCGCGUGUGUGUGUGUGUUUACGAGACUUUUUCAGAAGCUAGGGUUUGGGAAAUUGCAAAUUUGUUGGUGGCUUUUUUGAAUCCAUGAAAAAAAAGCUCGACUCCCGUUUUCCGGCGGCUCGAAUUAAAAAGAUCAUGCAAGCUGAUGAGGAUGUGGGAAAGAUGGCUCUGCCUGUACCUCUUCUAGUAUCAAAAGCACUGGAACUAUUUCUGCAAGCUUUAUGUGACCGGACUUACGAUAUAACGCUGAAGAAAGGAGCGAAAACUGUAAAUUCUUUGCAUUUGAAGCAAUGUGUACAGAGCUUUAAUGUGUUUGAUUUCCUGCGCGACACUGUCAGUAAGGUUCCCGACUUGGGUGGUUCAGAUGCUGUUGUAGCAGAGGAUAGAUCUGCUACCAAGAGAAGGAAGAUUACAGAAAAUGAAGAUGAACACGACAAGGACGAUCCUAAUAAGAUAGGCAUGCAUGAGACUGGCGACACCAUCAGCAGUGGAGUAAUCAGGGGUAGGGGUAGGGGUAGAGGUAGGGGUAGGGGUAGGGGUAGGGGUAGGGGUAGAGGUACUCGAACAUUGCAGAGAGAUUUAGUUAAGUGCGAGAAAUUUGAAGACGAUCCAGAUAUCUCUGACAAGGACGAUGAAAACGAGAAUGAACGUUUGGGGAAGACAAAUAAUCUUGUAGGUGCUGUAGAUUCAAGAACUACUACAGGCGAAAAAGAUACUGAUAAAUCAGUUAUAAAAUUUGACCUUAAUGCUGAGUUAGACGAGAAGGACGAUUCCACUCUGACGGAGUCUUCAAACAAGCCAUCUUCUGACAAGAAACACGAAGAUAUUCCUGGUUGGUCCCUUGAUGACGUGGCAAGGCUGGAUAUUGAUACUGUUCGACUUGCUAAUUUAAACAAUGGGGCGAAUGAGGAAGAGGAAGAUUAUGACGAGGAAUGA